GAUAUUGGAUAUUGAGCAUUGUACCUUGGUGGCUACUUUGAAUCGCUUCAUUAUUUAGCAAAUGCCGGACUAUUUGGGCUCCGACCAACGUAAGACGAAAGAUCAAAAAGAUGAUGAAAAACCUAUCAAGGCUCUUGAUGAGGGUGAUAUUGCCUUACUGAAGACAUACAGUUCGGCUGCAUACAGUAAAGAAAUAAAGCAGUGUGAAGAUGACAUUCAGACUUAUAUGAAACGUGUCAACGAGCUGACAGGGCUUAAAGAGUCGGAUACCGGCUUAGCUCCGCCUGCCCUUUGGGAUCUAGCUGCUGACAAAGCCUGCUUAUCAAACGAACAUCCGCUGCAGGUAGCACGGUGCACGAAGAUAAUCAACUCUGAUACUGAGGAACCUAAGUACAUCAUUAAUGUCAAACAGUUUGCGAAAUUCGUUGUUGAUCUAGCCGACACAGUGGCUCCAACUGAUAUUGAAGAGGGAAUGCGUGUUGGAGUCGACCGCACAAAAUAUCAAAUUCACAUUCCUUUACCUCCCAAAAUCGAUCCGAGUGUAACAAUGAUGCAGGUGGAGGACAAACCGGAUGUUACUUAUAGUGAUGUCGGUGGGUGCAAAGAACAAAUAGAGAAGUUGAGGGAAGUCGUAGAAUUGCCUCUACUUCAUCCUGAAAAGUUCGUCAAUCUGGGCAUCGAACCUCCUAAAGGUGUAUUACUGUUUGGCCCUCCUGGGACAGGUAAAACAUUGUGUGCUCGAGCAGUUGCUAAUCGUACCGAUGCCUGUUUUAUUCGCGUCAUUGGGUCUGAAUUAGUCCAGAAGUAUGUUGGUGAAGGUGCGCGCAUGGUUAGAGAAUUGUUCGAGCUGGCUAGAUCGAAGAAAGCAUGUAUCAUAUUUUUUGACGAAAUAGAUGCUGUCGGUGGUGCUCGUUUUGAUGACGGAUUGGGCGGUGAGAAUGAAGUUCAGAGAACUAUGCUUGAAUUAAUUAAUCAGUUAGAUGGUUUUGAUCCUAGAGGUAACAUAAAAGUACUAAUGGCCACCAAUCGACCUGACACUCUUGAUCCUGCUCUUGUUAGACCUGGUCGUUUGGAUCGAAAAGUUGAGUUUGGUUUACCUGAUCUCGAAGGUCGUACUCAUAUAUUUAAAAUACAUGCUCGUUCCAUGUCCGUUGAGAAAGAUAUUCGUUACGAGCUUCUUGCUCGUCUUUGUCCAAAUAGUACUGACAUAUGUGUAAGAAGUUACAUUUGUUUUUCGCAGUAAAUGCGAAGCCUAAUUUAGCUGAAGGUUUUCAAAAUGGCCGUAAGAAUACACAUAAAUAUUGAUAACUCGAUAUCUGACGGAAAAUGUGUUAUCUAUAAUCUUUAACCAUCGGUUACUAUUGCCUUAAAGACUCCAACCAGGUAGUGUAAACCUACUAACAUGGCUUAGUCCAGUCUUCAAUGUUUUCAUCGACUAUUAACUGAGGUGAGCAAAUGAGAUAAGUAAGUAAGUAAAUACGAUGACAUUGCUUAAAAUUGUUUGCAAUGGCUCAGAUGCAUUCAUUCUAUGUCUUCUCAAAUUCUAAUCUGAAUUCCUCUUGAUCUUCUCUUUUAAAAUCUAUUUUACUGAAUUAUGCCCCUCGAAUCGUAUCUUCGAUCCGUAAUAUCCUCCAUUACCGCUGAUACUUCUACUACCUCCACUACUAUGAGAUUUGAAUUGAC